CCAAUGUAGCUUGUUCUGUUUUUCGUUUAGUUUCAGUGUUUCUUCAUCUUAGACUAGUUUCCCCGCCUUACAAAAUAUUCACAUUAAUUAUGUAACUUUUAUUAACAUAGCCUAUAUAUAGGCUACUCUAAUCCAAAUCCAAAUUACGACGCGAAUUUUGAAAUCAGCCUUGCUCGAAAUCUUGCACUAUAUUUCCGACAAAGUGCAUCGUAUUCUAGUUGGUAAAUGCAAAAUGAGAACUUUUCUCGUUUGGAUGCAUCGCAGGAAAGUCAUGACUAGUUUCAUUGUGCCGCAUUUUGGAUGUUUCGAUCGAAUAUUCACUAUUAUGAUAUAUUCCUAUAAGAACGUAAGAACUAGCCUAUACAAACGAGAGGAGGCCAUUCGGCCCAUCGAGCUCGCUUGGGGAGAACUUAACUAAUAGCUCAGAGUUGUUAAAAUCUUAUCUAACUCUGAUUUAAAGGAACCCAAGGAUUCAGCUUGCACUACGUUAUCAGGAAGACUAUUCCAUACUCUGACUACACGCUCAAUAUAUACACAGUAUAUAUAUACAGUACACGCAUUACAAAAAGUGUGCUUGAGACUAAUAUUGCAAAGAAUUGAAUGAGCCUAUUUACAGUCGUAAAAAUAUAGGGCUAUCUAAAUGACGACUUGUUUUACUUAGAAUUGUAGGUAUCAAUUAAGUUACUGUUUCGAAGUUUUAAAUGACUUCCAUUACCGAAUUCCGAUUUAGGAGACUCCCUGUUUGAGCGCUUUUCCAUGUUGAGACUUGCUAUUCUUAUUAAUUAGGAUUAUGUUAUAUGCCACUCCGUUUACUAGGCUACUUAAUAAGAUCUUGUUUGGUAGAUCGCAAUGGAGAUACUGCAGGAAAAGUUACACAAAACCCUGAUCUAACACUAGCCCAUGAACUCGCACCACUUAUAUUCGCUCCGUUUACCCCCCCUUAAAUGGAGGGACGCGAAGUCAUGGACCGGUACAGGUACUUCAUGUUCAACCAGCGCCGUAUGGUGGUGCUGGGCAUCCUGCAGGUGGCCUGUGCGGGUCUCUGCGUGGUCUGCGGGUUCAUCGACGCCGCCUUCCGGAAAAGCACAGCCCUGAGCAGCACGCGGGCUCCGAUGUGGGCAGGCAUGGUAAUGGCAGUACCGGGAGUUCUGGCACUAUUCUCCUCCCAGAAAAAGAACCCCAUAUUGGUGAACGCCAUGAUCGCCGCCUCCGUCUUCUCCUGCUUCACCACCCUCAUCGUGGCCGUCUACGCCGUGCUGACCCUGAGCUACGGGGAAGACGAUGACGAGCUCUUCCACCCCAGCCACGUGGGCAUCCCCAAAGCGAAGUUCAUCCUGAGCCGGAUGGUGAAGGGAGCGAACGGCACGAUGCUGCUCUCCUGCUGUGGAAGCAUCCUGCUGUCUGUGCUAAUCUCCCUGGUGGGCUGCCGCAGCCUCCCCUUCUGUGGCUGCUAUGACAGCAGCACAGGACUGGAGACACUGGUUCCCCAAGAUGAGCCAAACCCACAGGCAGAGCUGAUCUGCACCUGGCAAGCAGGUGGAGACGACAGGCUGUUUAAUUCCCCCGUGCAGCCCUCUGAUAAGGAUGCUGAAGAGGAGGCGGGGCCUGCCAAAGCCCCGCCCUACAUCAGAUUGACCUCAUAGGUGCACUCAACAUUUCACUGUAUUUUAUGUUGAAAUUGUAGACUUGAAUUCCCAUUUUAAAUACACUGGAGUUCCUGUGCAGCUUUUAAGUGUUUACCGUAACAAGAACCGAAUUUACUAAAAUUCAGCACUUUAAUAAUAAUAAUACGUUUAUCUUCCCCUCCUUACAUUUCUGGUUUCAUUCGAAUUUGUAAAUUACCUUUUGUUUUGUGGUUAUGUAAAUAUUUUUGUAUGGAAUGAUGACUGUCGCUUCUAUGUGGGUUUUAAACACUUUUUUAAAAAUAUAUUUUGAUGGCAGUGCAAUAUGUACAUAUUGUAAUUUUAAUUGCAAAAUGUGCCCAGGAAUGUUUGCCAGCUUGGUGUCGUCUAACGCACUCCUGGUCUAUGGCUUGAGGCAGAGGCCCUGCAUGUAUUUGUCCUGUGGUCGAUUUAUAAGUUGAACAUUUUCAUUAAACUUGACAAUGAUUA